AUUGAAAGCAAACAUGAAGUCACAAUCCUAGGAGGACUAAAUGAAUUUAUAGUGAAGUUUUAUGGACCACAAGGAACACCAUAUGAAGGUGGCGUGUGGAAAGUUAGAGUGGACCUUCCUGAUAAAUAUCCUUUCAAAUCUCCUUCUAUAGGAUUUAUGAACAAAAUAUUUCAUCCCAAUAUCGAUGAAGCGUCAGGUACAGUGUGUCUAGAUGUCAUCAAUCAAACCUGGACAGCUCUUUAUGAUCUCACCAAUAUAUUUGAGUCUUUUCUGCCCCAGCUGCUGGCCUAUCCAAACCCAAUAGAUCCACUUAAUGGAGAUGCAGCAGCUAUGUAUCUGCAUCGACCAGAGGAGUACAAACAAAAAAUUAAAGAAUACAUCCAGAAAUAUGCAACAGAAGAGGCUCUUAAAGAACAAGAAGAGCGCACUGGGGACAGCUCGUCUGAAAGCUCAAUGUCUGACUUCUCGGAAGAUGAAGCCCAGGACAUGGAGUUGUAG